UACAAAUGUAGCAAAACAAUGGGUCUAUCAUUGCAUGAUCACUGAAGGAACUGUCUCUCUGACAUGUGGUCCUCAUGAUCCAUGAAGCAGGGCAGUAUGGCUGCACAUUGUGAUAGCCGAGCACCCCAGACCAUAGUCACAUAAAUUCGGGGUCGAUGGGGUCGAGGAACGGGGUCGAGGGACGAGAUACGGUCCUCGUGAGAGAUUUUUACAUGGCGGGAACAAAAACAACCCCACGUUUCCGGGACGGGAUCGGUGUUUCCGGGUCGAGGAACGGUACCCUCGACCCCGAAUCGUGUGACUAUGCCCCAGACAUUGCGACUAGUGGCUCCAACAAGUGCCCAACAGAUGGCCCCAAAGAAAUCCAAUCAAGACCACACCAAAGCUUGGCACUGCAUGUUCUGAGCUCGUGGCCUUGCCCCUUGCCAGCCUGACUUGAUAGCUGCCCUUGAACCGCAUGCCUUCCUCUUCUCAGCUCACACCUAUAUAUCCAUCCGCUUAGCACAAAUACUCCAUCAGUUCAUCAGCAACCUAAGCAUUACAUCUAGCUAGCAGCAGCUGAGUACCAACAGAAUAUUCUCUGAACAUUCAGCCAGGAAAGCAGGAGGAGCAACCAUGAUCACUGCCAAGAGACUUGUUCAGAUGGCAAAGAAGUGGCAGAGAAUGGCCGCUCUGGCGAGGAAGCGGCUCACGUCGGCACCAAUGAAAGAAGCUGAAGGAUCAUGCAGUACCUCAUCGUCCAUGGCCAGCAAGGGCCACUGCGUCGUGUACUCGGCCGAUGGCCAGCGAUUCGAGGUCCCACUGGCGUACCUCGGCAGAGCGGUCUUCGGCGAGCUCCUAAUGAUGUCGCAGGAAGAGUUUGGGUUCACCAGCGACGACGGCAAGAUCACGCUGCCCUGUGACUCCGCGGUCAUGGAGUACGUGAUGUGCUUGCUUAGAAGAGACGCCUCUGAAGAGGUUGUGAGGGCGUUCUUGAGCUCCAUGGUCAGGCCGUGCCACAAUGUCAGCGGUGUGGUGCCAUGCAACCAGCCGUUAGCUGUUUGUGUAUAGCCUAUUGUUAGCUCCUGACGCACUAUACAAAUUCCGGUUCAACCGGAUGUAAAGUUGUAGAAUCAUAUAGGAAAUUGAAUUUGUUAUAU